CCGCCCCCAGAGCCUGGACCCUGUGCCUUCUUCAUCCUCAUCCUCCUCCGACCCAGGCUCAGUUCUGCAGCUCUGCGCCAGAGGAACACAGCUGGUCCUGAUGCAGCAGCACGACUGAAGUGAAACCACCAGCAUCCAACAUGAGGGGGGCCGUGGUCUUCAUCAUCAUCAUCGCCGCCGCCGCCGCCGGGUUCUGGGCUGUUUCUGCUCAGCCGACACUUAAAAUUAAAAGACAACUUUCCGCUUCGGCCAAUGAAUUUGCAGACAUCUUUUUCCUGGUGGACAGCGCCUUAUCGCAGCGACAGUUCACCUUUUUCAAGAAUGAGUUGACCAGAUUUAUCGACCAGAUAGAUGCUGGACAGUCAAGCUACCGUGUCGGUUUGGCUCAGUAUCGCCGGGAUGUAAAGACUGAGUUCUAUCUAAACGCUUUUAGAACUAAACAACAGUACACAAGAACAUUGAGAAGCAUUCAACCGCUGCCACAAACCGGCCAAGCACCGAACCUUGGAGCUGCUCUCAGGUACGCAGGUCAAAACUUUUUCCUCCCUGAAAAUGGCGGCCGUGCAAACCAAGGAGCCCAGCAGUUUUUGGUGGUUGUUCUUGGAGAAACGCCUACAGAACUCUUAUAUUUGGCCGGUCAAGAAGUCAGAUCCCGAGGGGUGUCUGUUGUAGGCAUGAGUUCAGUUGUGCCAGUGGAAAACAUGCUAAGGUUUGCGGACAGUGCCUUUGACACAGUGAGGAUCACUCAGCUGAAGGAUUUCUUCACCACCCAACAAGCGGAAACAGCCAUUGAAGACUGUCAGACAAUCAGCAUUGCAGAUGUCGUCUUCAUCAUCGAUGAGUCAGGAGGCAUCGGGAACGGCAACUUCCAGCUCAUCCGGAGCUUUGUGCAUUCAUUUAUCGGCAGCCUGAACGUCAAUCAGGCGGGAGUCAGACUGGCCAUUGUUACCUACAAUGAGGUUUUCAAAGUCCACGCUUAUCUCGACAGCUUCCAGGGCCGAACAGAAGCUCAGCAGUUCAUCAAGUUGUUAACUUACCGCUCCAACACUGGAGCUACUCUGGAGUCAGUCUUCAAAGAGCGUGGCAGCAGGAAGGAUGUGCAGAAGGUAGCUAUCGUGGUCACAGAGAAUGAAUCCCAGGAGAGCGUGAAGGAAGCGGUGGCAGAGCUACAUCGGUUUCCAGUCAGAGUUUUUGCAAUAGGAGUAAACGAGAGGACACCAGACCUGUACGACAUGGCGUCUUAUCCCACCAACAGGCAUGUUUUUGCUGUGGACAAUUUUAUGCAACUGAAACCCCUGAGGAAAGUCAUCCAGACGAGUAUCUGCAGCGACAUCAUUCAGGGCUCCGUCAACUCCUUCAAAAACAGCGCGGACAUCAAGGAAGCAUGCCAUCAGAAGGAUGAAGCAGACAUCAUCUUCCUCAUUGACGACUCAGACAACAUCGAUUCCUCUGACCUCUCUGACACAAAGGACUUCAUCACUAAGUUUCUUGGAGAAUUUCGUGACAGACUCGAUCAUAUUCGUGUCGGGUUCGUUAAAUACUCCGACUCACCUCGGUUUGUGUUUGACCGGGUGGCGGUCUCAAACGCGAGAAGAGCUCUGGGUUACAUUAAUCAUGAGGGGGGUCGGACCAACACAGGGAGAGCCCUCACAUUCAUGGAAAGACAGUUCAAUACAAAAUCCUACAUUAAUGGUUCGACGUAUCUGAUCGUCAUCACUGCAGGAGAGUCCGAAGACAGAGUCGCAGGUCCAGCAGAGAGAAUAAGGGCACGAGGCGUCAUGGUCUUUGCUGUUGGACUAAAGAGGUCAAACAGAGCUCAACUGCAGGAGAUCUCUGGUGAUCCAGACAGGACCUUUGAAGUCAGAGAUUACUAUUCCCUUCAGUGGAUCAAAGACGAUAUUCUACGACCAAUCUGUGGACCAGCAGUUUGUGAAGACGCUCCCAGUGACGUCAUCUUCUUAACUGAGAGCUCAGAGAAAAUCUCUGCAGAAAACUUUAGGAAAAUGAAAGAAUUUAUGAAAUCUGUGGUUACCAAGUCUACUGUGGGCCUGAAUGACAUGCGUGUGGGUGUCGUGCAAUUCAGCACUACAACAAAAAUAGAGUUUCGUCUGAACCGUUACUUCAGAAAAGAUGAAAUACUGGGAGCCAUCGAUGACAUGGAGCAGCAAAAUGGUGGGGUUGAAACAGGAAGGGCCCUCACUGAAGUUUCGCAGUUGUUCGAUGAGAAUGAAGGAGGACGUCGUACACUGAGGAAGAACCUGGUGCUGAUCACCUUCAACAGUGCAACCGAUGAAUUCAAACGUCCAGCAGAGGCUCUGAGGCAAAAAGGAGUGUUAAUCUUUUCAAUCGGAAUGGUGAACAGUAACUACAGCCAGCUGUACGAGAUCAGUAGCUCUUCAGACAAAGUCAUCAAUGAAGUAAAUGCUGAUCUAAUAAGUGAACUGGACAGCAUGCUGGCCUUGAAGUUCUGCGAUCCACACAGAGAUUGUAAGAAGAUUGAAAAGGCUGAUAUAAUAUUCCUGGUGGACGGCUCAGAAAGCAUAAGCAGGCGCUUCAGAAGCAUGCAAGUGUUUAUGGAGUCUGUAGUGAACCGGAGCAUAGUCAGUACGGACUCUACCCAUUUUGGAGCCAUUCUUUUCUCCAAAGAACCUGAAAUCCAGUUUGAUCUGAAAGAAUUCAACUCCAAAGGAGAAAUUCGUAAGGCUAUAGAAUCUCUGGUGCCGCCAAAAGAUAUCACACGCACCAGCGCAGCUUUGGAAUAUUCAUUGCAGUUCUUCAACAGGGAACGCGGUGGCAGGAGAGAUUUCCGCGUUCCUCAGAUUCUCAUGGUGAUCACCGAUGGGGAAGCCUCAGACCCCGAAAACCUAAGUAAAAAUUCGGAUGCACUGCGAGCCAAUGGCAUUACUGUCUUCAGUAUAGGUGUAGAGAACGCAAACAAGAAUGAGCUGCUGAUCAUGGCGGGAUAUAAUCAAUCCCAUGUCUUCUAUGUGGAUGAAUUUGAGCAGCUGGAGACUCUGUACAGCCAGAUAUCUACAGUCAUCUGCCAUAUCACCAAACGUCCUUGUGAAAUGAUGGAUCUGGUCUUUCUGAUUGAUCGUUCCGGCAGCAUCACCUCCUCAAAUCACAAAAUUGUGAAAGACUUCACAGCAGACAUAGUGACCACGUUGGAUGUCGGAGAGGAAUUUUCACAUGUUGGACUCGCGCAGUUCGCUGAAGAAUUCCAACACGAGUUUUACCUUAAUAAUUACUACUCUGAAAGUGACAUAGUUAAGAAGAUAAACGACAUAGAUUAUUUAGGUGGAGCAACCAACCUUGGCAAUGCCUUGAGGUCUAUGGGGGAGUAUUUCACCCCGCGUCGAGGCAGCCGCAACCAGAAAGGGGUGCCCCAGAAUCUGGUGGUGAUUUCGGAUGGUAAUUCUCAAGAUAAAGUGGAAUUUCCAGCCAAUGACCUCAGAGCACUUAACAUUGCAGUCUAUGCUGUAGCAGUUGGAGAUGUUUAUGAAACGCGACUCCUUCAGGUCACUGGUGACCCAGAAAACAUUGUCCGUGUUGGUGACAUAAAGAACCUGCCAAACUUCAAGACAAAGGUGAUUAAUGCCAUCUGCGACAAGGAGAAGCCGGUUCCCACUAUUGUUCCCCCUCCUCCUCCUGUUCCCACUACUGCUCGUCCUUCUCCUCUCAAAGAGUGUGAACUGAUGGAUCUGGUCUUUCUGAUUGAUAGUUCCGGCAGCAUCACCUCAAAUCACAAAAUGAUGAAAGACUUCACAGCAGACAUAGUGACCACGUUGGAUGUCAGAGAGGAAUUUACACAUGUUGGACUCGCGCAGUUCGCUGAAAAUUUCCGACACGAGUUUUACCUUUAUGAUUACUACUCUAAAAGGGACAUAGUUGACCUCAUAAACGACAUAGAACAUGUAGGUGGAGCAACCAACCUUGGCAAGGCCUUGAGGUCUAUGGGGGAGUAUUUCACCCCGCGUCGAGGCAGCCGCAACCAGAAAAGGGUGCCCCAGAAUCUGGUGGUGAUUUCGGAUGGUAAUUCUCAAGAUAAUGUGGAAUUUCCAGCCAUAGACCUCAGAGCACGUGGCAUUGCAGUCUAUGCUGUAGCAGUUGGAGAUGUUUAUCCAACGCAACUCCUUCAGGUCACUGGUGACCCAGAAAGAUAUUUCCUUAUUGGUGACAUAAAGAACCUGCCAAACUUCAAGACAAAGGUGAUUAAUGCCAUCUGCGACAAGGAGAAGCCGGUUCCCACUAUUGUUCCCCCUCCUCCUCCCGUUCCCACUUCUCCUCUCAGAGAGUGUGAACUGAUGGAUCUGGUCUUUCUGAUUGAUAGUUCCGGCAGCAUCACCUCAAAUCACAAAAUGAUGAAAGACUUCACAGCAGACAUAGUGACCACGUUGGAUGUCAGAGAGGAAUUUUCACAUGUUGGACUCGCGCAGUUCGCUGAAAAUUUCCGACACGAGUUUUACCUUUAUGAUUACUACUCUAAAAGGGAUAUAGUUGAGCUCAUAAACGACAUAGAACAUGUAGGUGGAGCAACCAACCUUGGCAAGGCCUUGAGGUCUAUGGGGGAGUAUUUCACCCCGCGUCGAGGCAGCCGCAACCAGAAAGGGGUGCCCCAGAAUCUGGUGGUGAUUUCGGAUGGUAAUUCUCAAGAUAAAGUGGAAGUUCCAGCCAUAGACCUCAGAGCACGUGGCAUUGCAGUCUAUGCUGUAGCAGUUGGAGAUGUUUAUCCAACGCAACUCCUUCAGGUCACUGGUGACCCAGAAAGAUAUUUCCUUGUUGGUGACAUAAAGAACCUGCCAAACUUCAAGACAAAGGUGAUUAAUGCCAUCUGCGAUGAGAAGCCGGUUCCCACUAUUGUUCCCCCUCCUCCUCCCGUUCCCACUUCUCCUCUCAGAGAGUGUGAACUGAUGGAUCUGGUCUUUCUGAUUGAUAGUUCCGGCAGCAUCACCUCAAAUCACAAAAUGAUGAAAGACUUCACAGCAGACAUAGUGACCACGUUGGAUGUCAGAGAGGAAUUUACACAUGUUGGACUCGCGCAGUUCGCUAAAGAUUUCCGACACGAGUUUUACCUUUAUGAUUACUACUCUAAAAGGGUCAUAGUUGACCUCAUAAACGACAUAGAACAUGUAGGUGGAGCAACCAACCUUGGCAAGGCCUUGAGGUCUAUGGGGGAGUAUUUCACCCCGCGUCGAGGCAGCCGCAACCAGAAAGGGGUGCCCCAGAAUCUGGUGGUGAUUUCGGAUGGUAAUUCUCAAGAUAAAGUGGAAAUUCCAGCCAAUGACCUCAGAGCACGUGGCAUUGCAGUCUAUGCUGUAGCAGUUGGAGAUGUUUAUCCAACGCAACUCCUUCAGGUCACUGGUGACCCAGAAAGAUAUUUCCUUGUUGGUGACAUAAAGAACCUGCCAAACUUCAAGACAAAGGUGAUUAAUGCCAUCUGCAAGAAGGAGCGUGUUUCCACUACUGCUCGUCCUCUUUCUACUACUUCCACUACUGCUCGUCCUGUUCCUCCCCCUGAUGAAAAGUGCAGAAUCGACAUCGCCGUAGGGUUUGAUAUUUCUGCAGGUACCAUCAAUGUGCCGCUUUCCAAACUAGUUAACCCCCUCUCGGAUAUCAUCCGUUACGUUGCUAGGGUGAACGACCUGUGUUGCUCGGAUCCUGUCCCGACCCAGAUCUCCUACAAUAUCGUGGGUGACAAUGGCAGGUCCUUUUUCGACACAAACUUUGAGCUUUUCAAUGAGAAUGUUCUGAGGAACGUCAUGGACUUCUCAUGGUCCCGGGCCACUUUGCUCAACCCUGCCAUGCUCAGAUAUUUCAGGAACAAGUUUGUGUCCAACUCCAGAGCCAAGGUCAAGGUGCUGCUGAUUUUCUCUGACGGACUUGAUGGAAACGUGGCGAUACUGAAGCAGGAAUCUGAGCGGCUAAGAACCUCUGGAGUCAGCGCCCUGCUAGCCGUGGCCUUGCAGAACGCGAAUCCCACAGAGCUCCAGAAGAUCGAGUUCGGACGGGGAUACUACUACCAGACUCCUCUGACGAUCAGCGAUAGGAGCAUCAGCAGCACCAUCCUGAAAGAGAUGAGCUCCGUAGCGGAUCGGGUUUGCUGCAACGUUUCGUGUAAAUGUUCAGGACCUCCGGGUCCUCGUGGUCCUUCUGGGCAACCUGGAACAAAGGGCUCGCCUGGCCUGAAGGGCCACGGAGGCUAUCCUGGAGACGAAGGCUCUCCUGGCAGGCGAGGGCCUCCGGGUAUGAAGGGGACUCAGGGCACCAAGGGAUGUCCUGGAACCAGAGGACUGAAGGGAUCUCACGGCUUCUCUGGAAACAGGGGUGAAGAUGGAGAAGAUGGACUGAACGGAGUGGAUGGAGAGCAGGGAAAGGAGGGAGGGGAGGGGAUGAAAGGACAGAAAGGAGAUCCUGGAAGCCAGGGAAUCCCAGGGAUCAGAGGCGAGGAUGGACUGAAAGGAGACCGAGGCCUGAGAGGAGAUCCGGGCGAGCCAGGGCGCAACAGCAGGACACCAGGACCCAAAGGAGAACGUGGCAACCAGGGGGACCCGGGAACGCCUGGAAGGGACGGACCUCCCGGGACGGAUGGCGACAGCGGGAACUCGGGUCGGGACGGGAAGCGAGGCGGCAGCGGCACCAAGGGCGAACCCGGAGAAAAAGGGAAACGAGGACCAACAGGUCUGCCUGGAGCUUCAGGUGCAAAGGGACCCAAAGGGGAGAGAGGCCCGCAGGGACCAAGAGGGACGCCGGGGUUUCCUGGACGGCCGGGCGACCCGGGACGCGCUGGAGGACCGGGAGACAGAGGACGACCUGGUGCCAACGGACAGAAGGGCCAGCCUGGCGAGCUGGGCACCGAGGGGCCCGUGGGGCCGCCGGGUCCGCAGGGGCCGCCGGGUGAGGAAGGGCGAGACGGCACAGGAAGUCCAGGAUCCCCAGGGCGAAAGGGGCCCGAUGGUUUCCCUGGUUACCCCGGUCCGUUGGGUCCGAAGGGAGAGAAAGGAACCAAAGGAUUUCCUGGUGGGAGAGGGAGCCGAGGUCGAGAGGGAAACUCGGGCGGAACCGGAGGCGACGGCGAGCCUGGAGAGCCCGGAUUCCCCGGACGCAACGGACCGCCAGGUGUUCCUGGAAACGCAGAAAAAACUGAGUGCGAGUUGAUCACCUACAUCCGGGACAAGUGUGCCUGUUGCCACGAUCCGCCCCACUGCCCCGCCGUCCCCACUGAGCUGGUCAUCGCCCUGGACAUGUCGGAGGACGUGACGGCGGCGGACUUCGAGGACCAGCGGCAGGCCGUCCUCUACCUGCUGCAGAACAUCAACAUGGCGGAGAGCAACUGUCCGUCCGGCGCGCGGGUGUCGGUGGUGGUGUUCAACCGGUACACCCGCUACCUGAUCCGCCUGCAGGAGCGCCACAGCAGGACGCAGCUGCUGCAGAAGGUGCAGAACCUGGUCUGGAACCGCACCGGCGAGCGCCGCCACCUGGGCGCCGCCAUGCUGUUCGUGAGCCGGAACGUCUUCAAGCGGGUCCGGUCCGGGAAGACGACCCGGAAGGUGGCCGUGUUCUUCGCCGGCGGCCAGACGCAGGACCCCGACGACGUUCUGACCGCCAUGAUGGAGCUCCGGGCGCAGAAAGUCGCUUCCGCCGUCAUCGCUCAGAGGAACGUGCCCAGGAUCAGCCGGGCCCUGGAGGCCGACGACUCAGGAAACUCUGUGUUCGUUCUGCUGAGGAGUCAGCAGGACCUGGACCGGAUCAGGACGUGUGUCCUCUGCUCCGACCCCUGCAGACGCUCCUCAGAGUGCUCCUUCAUCGUGGACCCGCCGGCCCCGCUGCAGGCCGAACUGGACCUGGCUCUGGUUCUGGACGGCUCCAGGGAGGUCCAGGCGGACCAGUUCGCUGGAGCGCAGCAGCUGCUGGUCUCUGUGGUGGAGCAGCUGGCCGUCAGCGCUCAGCCCCGCCGGCCCGGCGCCCAGGCCCGGGUGGCGGCGCUGCAGGGCGACAGGCUGGAGUUCGGCCCGCAGACCUACCAGAACCGGGACGGGAUGAAGACCCACCUGCGGACGGCGCGGCAGCAGAGCGGCUCCUCGGCGCUGGACCGCAUGCUGGACGUGGCCCUGAAGGAGGCGCUGCCGCAGCAGGCCGGCCAGCCGCGCAGGAAGAGGGCGCUGCUGGCCGUGGUGGCGGCCCAGACGGCCCGGCGGGACGGCGCCGCGCUGCGCCGCGCCGCCCUCAGGGCCCGCUGCGACGGCGUGGCCGUGUUCGUGGUGGCGGUGGGCGGACGUUACGACCGGACGCAGGUGGAGGAGCUGGCCGGCCUCCCGGUCCGGCAGCACCUGGUCCACGUGGGCCGGCUGCAGGCCGAGGAGCGCGGCUACGUCCUGCGCUUCUUCAGGGUCUUCCUGUCCGCCCUCAACAGAGGGCUGAACGUUUAUCCUCCUCCGUCUCUCAGAGCGACCUGCAGCCAGCGGUUCGAGGGAGACGACCUGCUGAACGGAGAGACGGCGUCGGCUGAUGACCCCUGGGCUGGACGGUCGAUUCAGCAGGACGAGGUCAUCCCCGCUGCAUGGAGAGGUCAAAGUUCAGCCUCAGGACCGGCAGGCAUCUGUCUCCUCCCUAAGAACAGCGGCGGCUGCAGGAAGCCGUCGGUUCUCUGGUUCCACGACGCCCGGACCGGCCGCUGCGCCAGCUUCGUGUACAACGGCUGCGGCGGCAACCAGAACCGCUUCCGGACCCGCGAGCGGUGCGAGGAAAUGUGCGUGAGGAAGAGCUGAGGUUCUGGUCGAGUUCCGGUUCCAGUUGGGUUCUGAUUGGGGUUCUGAUCGGGUUCUGAUCGGGUGUUAUCACCAGACUGGAACCACAGGAAGGCGGUUCUGUUUUCACUGCAGCUCCAAACAUUACGGAUUCUCUCCUGUGUAAUUGAGAGAUAAAAUACUUUGACUAUACCACUGGUUUCCACGUUUUAAUUUCUAGAAAAUUUGACCCAAAAACUUUUGUUUCUGUUUUCUGGAAUAAAUAUUUUAGCAAUCAAUCAAUUUUCCCUCUUUUUCUUCUUGUGUAUAAAAUUCAGCAGAUUUUCCAUGAAGCUAAAUGAUUUUAGCAUUAAAGAUGAAAAUAAGCAACUCAAUUUGUUUUUCAGAAAGAAAAUAAAGAUGGUUGUGAAUUUGAGUUGGGUGAAUUUAAAAAUGCCAGUUUUGAGUAAAACAUCUUGACAAAGUUGUUUUUAUCUUAAAUUUGAAAUGUUUUUAUGUAUUUUGUUCGGUUUGUUGUUUUUUCAUCAAGUUGCCUCUUUAGGUCUGUUUACUCCAGUUAAUGAUAAUCGAUCACUGAAUUGGUAAUAAUCGAUUGUUGAACUGCUCAGUUUGUGUUGAUCAUAGUUUGGUUUUAAAGAUGUUUCUUCAUUAUUUCUGAAACAGGAAAUCGAUCCGGUUCAGUUUUUGUAUCUGAAGCACAUGACGUCCCAAAAGUUUUCAUACCUCUUGAAUUUUCCUGCGUUUUGUUUUGUAGCAGAUUCAACAGGUUUUAUGUGAUAACCAACAACAUAAUGCUCAACUGUGCAAUAAUAAAAAAUAAGAACAAAA